AUGCGUUUGCACAUGGGCCUGGUGGCGGCACUUGCGCCGCUCGGGGACGUUGUACGAGGGUCCCAUCUGGAGAGCGUGGCGCAGCACUUUGACAUAAAACAUUGGCAGACCCCGCGCUUGGACCUCUCGGCGGCCCGGAACGAGCGGUUGCUAGUGUUUGACGACUUCCAAGCGUUCGAGUACUAUAAUUACAAAGGUCAGCAACUAUUUACGGGCCAGGAGCAGCACCAGGGGAGCUCUCUCAUAUACUAUUCCGAGGGGACGUACGUUCAGCUGGCGAAGUUGGACGAUGACACAGUGGUGCGCCGCAUCGUGCCUUUUGGCAGCGACAGCUUCAUACUAAGUGGGACUGGGAAGCUCCAGGACCAGCGGUUGGAGCACCAGUUGAUGUACAAUCUUUCAACGUUGGAAGUCACCGAGAUACUUCCGCAGUCAUUGGAGUCUGUGAACGACAUACUCGUCGACGGCGACAUGGUUUACUUCGGGGGACAGUUCACAUAUUCCGACGGAAACAAAUCCGGCCACAGUGCUGUACAAUGGAAUGCUACUUCACGCACCACGUCCUUGUUGCCCUUUGGCGGAUUUGGAAGGGGCUCUUCGGUGAACAAUAUUCUAAAGUUAAGUGGAAGCGGAGUUCUAUUCGUGGGGAGGUUUUCGAAUCUUGAGGCGGCCUCGUAUGCUGAGACAGCCUCCGUAUUGGCAUCGACAGAAAAGCCACAGCUAAACGUAACUACUAUAGAGACGAAUGCAUUAACCUCACUACGAUAUUCCACAAUUACAUCGGAUGGACACCUAGACAAAGGAAAGUUCAUAUGCCCAACUAGUAAUGAUGAUUCAUGGUUUGUACCACAUUCCGGAGAUGGGCCUGCAAGGGGUGAGCUAAAUAUUAAAGUUCUUCAUCGGAUCAUACCUUCGAAGAUCAGGAUCUAUAACUCCAAGAAGAACGGCAACGAAAUCAAGCUCUUCCGAAUAGUUACCUCGCCCUCGCAGAGCAUAAUGAACAUGACCUACAUAGACCCAAAUACCGGUGAGCUAGCUACUUGUGACGCGUGGUGCCCACUUAUGCCGCGCUCCAACCUUACAUCAAAGGCUGCGGAAAGUGGACCUGCAGACGUGGCAAGGUUGGUAAAUGACGAGAAAGUUCUUAUUAAAUGGACGCCUGACUACCAGGAGUUUGCAUUCAUUAAUCAAAUUCAUAUGGAGGAGAUAAAAUUUAUUGCGUUAGACUCAUACGGUAACAAUGUUGGUUUGGUGGGGGUGGAGUUGUUUCAGACAGAAUACGAUGCGUAUGUCAAUAGUACAUUGAAUCAACCGAACUGCGGGGAACAGCAAUUGUCCCCAUUUUCCACUACUGCUAAUAUCUGGCACCAAGGCGCGACGGAUGCGAGCUAUUUAUCGGCUAACGUUGUGGAAAGUAAUCCAAUGGUAAACGUCAAGCCGGUGAUACCACAUUCGGGAACUUACACACUAAACCUUUAUACACCCGGGUGCGAAGAUGAUGGAACAUGUGACUAUAGAGGUAUAGUAAACGUUACGCUACUUGCCAGCAACGGGACUACUUUAAUGACAAGAUGGAUUUACCAAAACAAUUACCGUCUGAAGUAUGACCCAUUGUACACAGGGCACUUGGACCCGAAUCCGACAGUUAGAAUGGAGUGGGUAUCUCCAAUAAACUCAGCAGUCAAUAGGAAAAUAAUGGUUGCUGAUAGAGUCAGUGCCAUAAUUGACUCGCUUGAUGGUUUAGAUGAUAUUCGGCAUCCACGUGAAAAAUCAUUAAAUGGUCUCUUCCAAUACACCCCUGCUGGCUCUUCUUUGGAUAAUGGGAUUCAAAAAUAUAUCAAUAAAGACCCUCAAACUGAUAUGCCUGAGGGCGUAUCGCUAGUUGGGCAGGUGUAUGACGGGAAACUAAUCCUCGGCGUAAAGUCCACGGGCCACAUCGCUGUGGUAACACCGAAAGGAACUGACUGGAAUGACGUUGACGUAACCAGGCAGGAUGUCCCAGGUUCUCUUAAUGGUAUAUCUCCGUAUUCGAAAGGUUUGGUUUUUACUGGAAAAUUUAAUUUGUCCUCUGGUCCAUCUAGCGCAUUGCACUACGAUGGGAAUUUUGGUUCCUUCUUUGAUUUAAAUUCUGAAACAUCAUCGAUCAUCAACAUGACAAUUGAUGGGAGUGAACUUUUGCUAUUCAACAACAAAUUUAUCUAUAACACAUCGACUUCACAGAUGUUGACUUCUUCUAUGUUCCAGUUAUCCGCGCUUUCCGCUGCGGCUAACUCUAACAAUGACCUUUUGUUUACCGGUUCGAUAGCCGAUAUAAAACACGGUUCGGCACAUGGAGCGGUUGCAUUAGAUGCGGAAGGUAAUAUCUUUACAUCUGGGACUCCAAGCAUAUCUGGAGCAAGAGUCCAUAGAGGAGUAUACUUGAAUGAUACCGCUACUGCCUAUGCGUAUUAUUCAGUAAGUCCAAAUUCUAGCGUCGCUACCGGUGGAGUAGUGAUUGAAACCCCAGGCAAUAAUUUUAAUCUCUCUAACAAUAUCGCCACUGUUAGAGAGAUGAUUUAUGUGAAAAAGACUAACUUUUUGGUCAUUUCCACAAAUGAAGUUGAAGGAACUCCAGGAGCGUUAAUUCUAUAUGAUCUCAGGACCUUGCAGGAGGUUGCGAGAGAGAAGUUGAACCCAGGAGAACGUAUCAACUCUAUUGUAUUAUUUGGCGAAGACAACACAUUACUUGUAGGUGGUUCUUUUGAGAAAGAUGGCUGCCACGAUCUAUGUCUGUACAACUUUGUGAAACGUUCAUGGUCUGCAUUCGCCAGUGGACUUAUCAGUGGUGAAAUCAAACAGCUACAAUUUGUUAACAAUCGAAACUUGAUAGCUGUAGGUUCGAUGACCGUUCAGUCCAGACCAAAUAUUCUAUUUCUAAACUUUGACUUGGUGCGUUCUAGAGUUGUAGAACAACAUGAACAGCCAAAUGGACGUGCUUUCAAUAGCGUAUUAACGAUUGGAGAUUCAGGAGAUGAGUAUGUGGCCGAAGACGGCAAACAAGUGUGGCACUAUUCUGGUAGUGAAUGGAAAACUGUGACCCCUUUAUCUGGUGGGCAGAUUCGUAUAGAUGGAAUAAGCUUGCUCAUGUUGAACAACCCCAGGUCUCAAAAUAAACGGAACCGGGUUGGUAAUGAACUGGUUGUUAUUCACGGACAAAUGAAUUCUUCGGAAUAUGGGGAGAUUAACGCCAUGCACUAUAACUUUGAAAAUUGGGAACCAUAUUAUUUUACUAUAGGCAGCAGUGCCAGGGAGGAGUUUAACGUCCCUAGAGGCCAAAUUUUUCUGAAUCAAGAUAUUUCCCGCCAGACAACCACUUCGCUCCCCUUGGAGGUUGUUGUUUCCGACUCGCCUCCCACAGCAGAGCCGAAACGAAAGCUAGCGAAGGGGUAUGUUGUUUUGAUUGCAUUAGGACUUGCGUUAGCAACAAUUGCCCUACUAGGUAUUAUUGGGGUUAUUCUGGCUUAUGCAUUUGGAGACCAUAAUGCCUAUCAGCCAUUAAAACCUAGAAUAAAUGAGGAUGAAAUGUUAAAGACAGUACCGCCAGAAAAGUUGAUGAAAUUUAUUUAA